AUGCGCUCUCUCUCUAGCUUAGCAUCAUGUCUCUUUCUCUGGGUGCUAACAGUCAAGGUUGCCGUCGCCCAAGUUAGCGAUAACAAUCUCGGGUCAUACUCAACCAUCAUAACUUGGGAUUCAGAUUCAUCUGGUGAGCCUAAGUCCAGUCCCUCCCAUCCCUCCAGAUCCGCGGACGGAUACCAGGACCAAGCCCUAACUAACACCCCUCCCAACCCAGACCUAACCACCGCACCCUCAACAACCUCGCCCUCCGAUCCCCUCACAGAACUCAUCCUCCUAACCUCCCCAACCCAAGGCGCCCUCCUCCCCACCUCAAGACUCACACUCGAAUGGACCUACAACUUCUUCUACGACCUCCCCUUCACAAUCGAGCUGUUACCAAUGGGCGCAACAGCCAUGGACGAGAGCGUCUUUUCGACCACUGUCGACCCCGAAGAUUUAACGACCGUUUUGCCGGGUAGUCUCUUGCCGAGUCUAGAUCCGGGCGAGACGGCGGCGUUCUCGGUGUGGCUUUACACGUGGGAUGUUUAUGGGGGCGCGGGGGACUUUGUGGAUCAGGUUUUGCUGUAUGCGGACUCGGCGACGGCGACGGCGACGGAGAGCGUGGCUACGGCUACGGUUACGGAGACGAGGACGGUGGAAGUUACGCCGACUUCCACUGCUGGUGAUACGGGCGAGGGUCAAGAUGGAGAUGGGGGUCUUUCGACGGGCGCGAAGGCGGGGAUUGGUGUUGGUGCUGGAGUAGGCGCUCUGGUACUUGCAGCUGUACUUGGAUUCAUUUUAUACCGCCGUCAAAAGCGUAGGAAGGCACCGGAGACGAUCCGUGAGAUCUCGGGCGCGGGGCCUGCGUCGAUGUCUACGUUUGGGAACGCGAGUGCCGUUGGUGAUGCAUGUAGUGUGAGUAAGGAUCCCAGGCCGGCGAGUGUGCCGCUGGCGCUGUCGCCGCUGUCGGAUGCUGGUUCGGUGAGGGGGUCGGGGGUGGUGUCGCUGUCUGCGAGGCCGUCUGGGGAGAGGGAGAGGGAGAGGUUUGAGCUGGGUGGGUGA